AGAGAGGAAAAGCUUAAGCUCUGAGAAGAAUCACUUGUCUUCGAAGCCCCGAGUUGCUAUCAUUCGCUCGACGGACUCUUGGUCGAACCUCUUCUUUUCUUCGUUAGAUAUACACAAUCCACAGCGGACGUGUGGUUAUCGAAACAUGAAGGUGAUAAUAACGUUGGCAGUGGUGUUCCUCUCCCUUAUCCAGCUUUCAGUUAAUGACACUCCGGCAUCCCCUUGUGACGUCACAGCCAUCUCGGUUAAGCCAGUCCAUCACCAACUCCGUGUUUACUAUAAUCUGACACUGAACGACGAGGCUAAUUGCCCGGAAGAUCGAAAAUUCCUUAUUUACUCUGUGAAUAAGAGAUCCAGUUAUGUGAACCAUGUAAAUGGCAGUAAGUCAUCUAGCGUGGAACUAAAAGGAGAGGGGAAGUUUUGGCUGGAAUGGCUAAACAGCUCCAGUAAACCGGAAGUAAGAUCAGCUGAUUUUUGGAUGCCGGGGAAUCAGGUCAACACGUCGUACCGAGUCUUGGGAUAUAGAUCGGACAUGAUUCACUUCCACAUGGUAGAUGAAUAUGAUCGCGUUAAGUACGCGGUUAUCGGGAUUUAUAAGGUUUUAGUCGACAAGAUGGUGUUCAUCGAAAACGUGACAGGGAACUCAACCGACGUGUUGAAGGAAAACCUUUCACCAAACGACUGUUAUAUAUUCGAGCUGACGCCCGUAUUUUGGAGUUCCAAGAUUAAAUACAAAGCCGAAUUGUAUACGGAUUACAUGCGUUGCGCUAUUAUCAGGCAAGGUUUUCCUGGAAGGCCACUGCGCCUCACCCAGCCUCUGUCAGACACGAUAAAGGUGACAAUACCCGUUGUUGUUUUGCUGGUGGGGUUGGUGUCCGCAGCGUCCGUUGUCAUCGUGAGGAAACUGAGUGCGAGAGAUGCAGCCGUAUUAGCAGAGGACGAUGAAGCGAGAAUGCUCUCCAGCCAAGCGACACGGCCGGAACUCCUGGUGAUUCACGCCCGCGAACCGAUGUACCGGCUUCACCACGACUACACACUGCGGCUCAUGGAUCAGCUGAGAAUUCACUGCAACGCGAAGGUGCACGACAUCUGGGACUUCCGUGACCCCCGCUGGUUGCAGGACCCGAAUGGCUGGCUGCAGCGCGUCCUGGCCUACACCUCCGACGUCAAGGUCCUCCUGGUCAUGUCCCCGCGCGUCGUCUCCGUUAUGAAUGCCAUCGUUGAUCAUCGUAGCCCGCGAGAUUUGGUCGAUCUCGAAGAGGGAAGCAAGGAAAGGGGUUUCCUGCAGAUGGUUUCCAGCAUCAGGAAGCUGCUGGAUAAGGAUCUCUUUGAUAAUUAUGACCGUGUCUACGUUGUCAGAUUCAGCAGUUUAUGGGACAAAGACGAAGAUAUUCUCAGCGUCAUAACUGGGAGUCGACGAUUCUGUCUACCGGAACACACCGAAAAUUUAUUCGAAGAAAUUGGUUUUGAGAGUAAUUAAGCGAUUAGAUCAUUAAUUAAGCUGGUGAAUAAGGCAAUUACGAGAUUAGAUUGACCAAUUAAACUGGUGAUCAGAACCAUUAGAAGAUUAAAUUGAUCACUAAACUAGUGCUUAGAAUAGACACUUAACUGGUGCUUAAAGCGAUUUGGAGAUUAAAUUCAACACUAAACUGGUGCUGAGAACGUUUAGGAGACUUGAAUAAUAAAACUAUUUCCAGGCACAUCAUAACAGAUUGAAUGAAAAUGAUUAAGUACUGUUAGGUUAUGCAAUAAGCGUAUCUGAUUUUUUCUUUUUUUUUUUUGUGUAUGAAAUUUAUAAUCAGGUGUAUCUAGUGGUAUUUAUUUCAUGUCCUCGGCUUUCAUGCUUCGUUUAGAACAAGAUUUUGUUUCGUGAAUGCCAAUGUACAUAUGCAUUACGCUGUGAUACUGAUAAAUAAAUGAAU